GUACUUCGAUGAGGACUACGAAGGACACAGGCGCUCUGAGCUCCUUCAUGUCGAGGCACCGGCUGUGCAGGGCGACAAGAAGACGCAACAGCUGCUGGAAUGCCAACGCGCCCUGGCACGCGCGUUUGAAGGUGUAGAAUUCCAGCGAGAGCUGCGUGAACGUGCAGUCGCGCGAGCCGCA